CAAGCUAACUCCAAUGGCGACCACCAAGUCUGUCAAUGCCUCGCUAUGGUGGGAGCCCUUCACAGACUUACUCACCGAACUCGAAAACCUUUCGACAUCUUCCGAACUCCCAAUUUCUCUGGCGAAUAAGUUGAAAGAAAACCACUCAUGGUUAUUGGACUCCGUCUCUCUAUUCAAGCCAUCCAAUCAGAAAUCGAGAGAGGCGUUGGAUUUUCAACAUGUUCAAAUCGGCUCACACCACUUAACCAUUCAGCCAAAAUUAAAAGAAUUGGCUAUGAAGAUUAGUUCCUCAUUGUGUUUGGAUGAAGUGCAAUCUUAUAUACUCGUCGAACGAUCUUGUGAACAUGACACAUAUGAUCUAGUUGUUCUUGAGCCACUUCAUUUGAAGGUUAUGGUACAAUACUACAUUGAGCGACAGUGCAUUUUGAAGUGUACUCGCCAGAUUCUCAUGCUAUCCUUGUAUGUUGAAGAUGGCUCCAAAGCAGAUCGUACUAUGAGGGAGGUGGUGCUGAAGCUGAUUUCUGAUGGACUGGAAGGCAGAUUAUUGUCUGUUAUUGAGAGUCUCUUGUCUGCCACUUAUCCUGAAAGCAUGGAUGUGGACGUUUUCACCUUGUGGGCCGAGGAGAUGCUUAUUGAAGAUAAUUUGGUCCUAGAUAUUCUUUUUCUGGCUUAUUAUGAAUCAUUUUGUACAUGUGAUGGCAAACAGUGGAAAAAUCUGUGUUUGCUUUACGAGAGGAUGAUAUCUGGGUCUUGUAACUUUGGAAAACUGGCCAUAUCAGCUGAAGCUGUGCUGUCUAUAUAUCAUGCUAAAGUGCAGCUGCUACUUAUUCUUAUAGAAACCCUUUACCUGGAAAAUCUUCUCCAAAUGCUUCAUGAUGAGAUCCCUUUCAGGCAGGGCAAUAUAUCUUUUGCCAUGAGCGAUAUUCAAGAGGUGGAUGCAAUUAUUUCUAGCUUUGAUGCCUUUGAGACGAAAGAAGCAGGCCCACUAAUAUUAACUUGGGCAGUAUUUCUAUGUCUCAUCUCAUCUCUUCCAGAAAAGCAGGAACACAAUGUGCUUAUGGAAAUUGAUCAUGUGGGCUAUGUUCGUCAAGCCUUUGGAGCUGCAUCUUUAAAUUAUUUUGAUGAAAUUCUUCACAGCAACUUUUUGAAGGAUUUGGAGGGCCCAAUUGCUGGUUUUUGUAGUGUCUUGAGGACAUUUGUCUCUGCAUUUAUAGCAUCUUAUGAGAUCAGUCUUCAGUUAGAGGACAAUAAUCUCAAACUGAUAUUGAGUAUUCUUGGAGAAAUUUACCGUGGAGAGGAGUCCCUCUGUGUUCAGUUUUGGGACCGAGAUAGUUUCAUAGAUGGUCCUAUUCGGUGCCUGCUUUAUAACUUAGAAGGUGAAUUCCCCUUCAGGACUGUGGAACUUAUUAGCUUAUUAUCGGCCCUCUCUGAAGGAGCUUGGCCUGCAGAAUGUGUAUAUAGGUUUCUGGAUAAAUCUGUUGGAUUGUCUACUCUGGUUGAGCUAAGAGGCAACCUUGGGAUAGAUAAAAAUCCAAGUUUUGUUGAUACUCAGUUACCACUGUGUGUUCCUGGACUUGAAGGUCUCCAGAUACCAAAGAAUACACGAGGUCGUGUGUUAAAAGUCAUUGAUGAUAACACUGCCCUUGUACGGUGGGAGUACACACAAUCUGGAGUGCUAGUGCUGCUUUUGCGUGUGGCACAAGAGAUGUAUCCAGAUUGCUCUGAGGAAGUCCUUGUUACCCUCGAUUUGUUGAGUCGAUUGGUCACUUUUAACAAGGCUGUGUGUUAUUCUCUAAUGAGCAUUGGUGAUACAUUCCAUGGCAAAGAAAUAACUGGGUUAAACAUGGCUGAGAUCAUAUGCACCUUGAUCAAGAAUCUUUCUUCUAAUCGUAGUGGAGCACUAUUGAUGUCAAUGGGUGUUAACAUUCUCGCUAUGAUGUUAAAAUGCUCGCCAUCUCAUGUCACUCCAACCGUUCUGAAGACAAAUAUAUUUGAUGUUGCUUUAAGGAUGAAUCCCUUUAACAUUGGCUCUGAUGGAUUAUCAAGUGGCUCCUGGCUGCUUUCUGGAAGACUUGCUAAACUACUUCUUAUCGACUGCGAGCAUAAUGACAGUUCCUGCCCACUUGCUGUAUCAGUGCUGGAGUUCACCAUUCAGCUUUUGGAGAAGGGAAUAGAAAAUGACUUCCUCCUGGCUCUUGUUAUUUUCUCGAUUCAGUAUGUCCUAGUUAAUCAUGAGUACUGGAAAUACAAAGUGAGGCAUUUUCGUUGGAAGGUGACAUUGAAGGUGCUUGAAUUUGUGAAGACAUGCAUUUUGUCAACCUCACACUCCCCAAAAUUGGGAGAGAUUGUUCGUGAUUUGUUGCUUUGUGACUCUUCCGUCCACAAUGCUCUCUUUCGCAUCGUUUGUAUAACAACGCCAACUUUGGAGAAACUUUAUGUUAGCCGCCUGUAUGAACCAACGGAAAUCGAAGGACUGCAGCUAGCAAUUUGUUCAGUAUUGGAUAUUUUCAGCAUCCUUACCGAUUUUUCAAAGGAUACUUUGCCUGGCUACCCAGUCUUCCUUCAAGCAGUGCUGUCAUCUGCAACCAAACCAAUUCCUGUUGUGACGGCUAUCAUUUCUCUGAUAUCAUUCUUCCGAAAUCCUUUUGUUAUCUUCAGCUACUAUUUAUUGUUCAAUGAGUUUGAGUGUUUUGCAUGCCCCGUCUUCUUGGAAACAACAUCUCGGUCCUUGAGACUGAGAGAUAAAGGUAAGAAGAUCCAAGUGGGUGCUGUAACUGCUCUGUCCAUGUUACUCUUGACUGCUGACGAUUUACAACCAUACAUGUCUGGGAAUGCAUGCUUAGGUCUGGAUGACAAGCAGCAGAUUGCAGAUUUUAGGAAUUCUAUCAUUAUGAUUAUCAGCGAGCAAUCACCUUCUAACGAAGAUCUCAUUGUCAGUAUGUUUAAGAUGCUCGCUUCAGCAGCAUAUUAUCAGCCUGCCUUUUUUGUAGCUAUAACUGAUUCAAAGGAUAGUACAACCGAAGUUAGUUUUGGCUCUUUGGUGACCAAAGGAGAAAAUCUGCUUGAUGCUCUUGGGGUGUAUAUUAAAAAAUUCCCAGAAUUGAUAAAAAGCCAUCCCAAAAUACUGCUGAACAUAUUGGACUUUUUGAUGGCAUUGUGGCAAGGUGCUUCUCAGUUUAUUAAUAUCCUUGAGCAUCUGAAGAAGUCUGAAAAUUUCUGGGGGCAGCUGUCCACCUGCAUUUCACUAGUCAGUAGCAUGGAGGAUAAUUCUUCUGGAAUUUUGAGUACAGACUCUUUAAUCUCAUCAUACAGAUAUCAAUGUCAGGCUGACAUAUUGCAAAUUAUGUCCUUAGAGAUGUUUUUGCAGAAGAAGGUAUUACAUUCUGAGUUUGUCAGAAAAGGUUCUGAAUUAUCAAAAGAUAUUCUUGUGAAAGGUAGUAAUAGUGAAAAAACAGAAGAUGAUAGCCAUAGUGGUCCAAGAGAGAUAUUAUCUACGUGGUUCAAGAGCUCAUUCCUGAGCAAGUUGAUCAAGGUGUACGCUUCCUGUGAGUAUGACAAUGACAAGUAUCUUAAAGGACAGGUUUCUGCUGCUCUAUUCUUUGUUCAAGUUAUUGGGAAAUUAAGAAAUGGUCAAACAGGGAGUUUGUCUGUUUCUCUGGUUGAAAAAUUAAGUGUACUGGAAAAAAAGUUACAUGACCUACCUGCAUUUUUGGAAUUGGUAACACAAUACAGACAACAAGGCUACAGCGAAGGGAAGGAGCUGAAGAAUUUGAUAUUGAGCGACCUGUAUUAUCACAUGCAAGGAGAAUAUGAAGGCCGUGAGAUAGAACAUAAGUUGUUUAAAGAGCUGUUCCAGUUUCUGCUAGAAUCCAAGUUGUUGGAAAGUUACCAAAAUAAAGAUGCUGAGAACUUGUCUAUUCAUGCUAAGGGUGUCUUUUUAUUUGACUGCACCCGUCUAGAAAAGGAUUUAGGAAUAGAUUUAUGGGAUAUUCUAGAAUGGAGAAGCUUGAAAACAGUUGCAGAAACAAUGUUGGCUGACAUGAAAGAUGUUAAUUCUAUGUUGUUGCUCAGUAAUUGCAAACUUUUAGCUUUGAAGGCAUUGGCAACCAUGUUGCCUGUAUAUGAUGAAGAUGUGAUGUGGAAGGCUACAAUUGGUGGAGAACUUCCUGAGCAACUAAUUAGUUCUUGCUUCAAACAUAUUUGCCAGUCUCUCCAUAAAGCCACCGAAUCAUUAGUCCCUUCCAGUGAUGCUUGCAAGGAUGUCCUUGAUUUUCUUGCAGCUCAAGCAGAACUACUUCUCCAUUUUAUCAGAUUUGUACAGGGAAGACUGUCUUUGCCAUCCUGUGUACUGGUUAUAAAAACUAUUGAAUCCAGUUUAAAAGAGUUGAAAGACUUGAAACCAUCUUCUGUUGAUGUUAAACCUACCUUGAAGCUUUUACUUACAGUGCUUCUCAUGUCAGUCCAACCAACUUGCAUAAACUCUCCGGCAGUUGGAUCGAUCAAUAAGGAAUCUGAGGUAUCAGAUGUAUAUUUGAGGCUUCUACCAAUUCUCUGCAACUUCAUCGAACCUGUUGAGUACUCUACCCUUUCUGUGGCUACUAUUGAUUUGCUACUUAAGGGUUUCUCGUCACCUACAACAUGGUUUCCCGUAAUUCAGAAGCAUCUACAGGUGCAGAAUAUUGUUAAAAGGCUUCAUGAUAAAAAAUAUUUGCCUGCAGUUCCUGUGAUACUAAAGUUUCUUUUGACGUUUGCGCGUGUAAGAGGAGGUGCAGAGAUGCUUGUGAACAUUGGAUUCUUUUCGUCUUUGAGAGUAUUGUUCGAAGGCUCACUAGAUGGUGGUACACUUUCAUUGGCGAAUGGAAAUGAAUCUGAGAAAGCUGAAAAGGAAAAGCCUCAGCACAUAUGGGGUCUUGGUUUGGCCGUGGUAUCGAUGAUUAUUUAUUCGCUCAGGGACAGUUCUUCGAAUUCUGAUAUGGUGGACUAUGUCAUUUCUUGUUUUAUAUUAGAGAAAUUAGAUUUAGUUUCUUAUUGUCUAAAUACACCAAACUUUCCGCCUGAUAUUGAUAGAAAGAAGAGAGCUCGUGCUCAGAGAAAACAAACAAGUUUGACUGCACUCAAGGAAACGCAGCACGCCCUCAUGCUAAUAUGCAUGCUAGCGAAGCAUCCCAACUUGUGGAUUAAGAAUAUGAAAGAAAUGGAUUCGCAAUUAAGGGAAAGGAGUAUCCAUUUGCUAGCGUUCAUUAGUAGGGGGCCUCAUCUUGGAGAACACAGUAGGGUCGCUCCACUACUGUGUCAUCCCAUCGUUAAAGAGGAGUUUGAAUGGUACAAGAAACCCUCGUUUAUAAACAGCAAAAGUGGUUGGUUUUCUCUUUCUCCUGUUGGGUGUGGCUUAGAUCCUAGUUUUUCAGCCUUAUCAUCAUCAUCUGCACUUGUAGUUAAGGACCCGUCUGCCGAAAACAUAGAUACUUCUCCUCAAACAUGUUUCUCAGACAUGGCUGCAAUAGACGUCUACAAAAUUGCAUUUUAUCUUUUGCAUUUUUUAUGUCUGCAAGCCGAUGCUGCUGCUAAAAGGGCGGAGGAGGUGGGAUUUGUUGAUGUUGCUCAUUUUCCCGAUCUGCCGAUGCCUGAUAUCUUACAUGGGUUGCAGGAUCAAGGAAUUGCUGUCGUUAGUGAGUUAUGUGAAGCCAAUAAAUUGAAGCAGUUGACACCAGAAAUAGAGGGUGUCUGCAUCUUGCUUCUGCAAAUAACCGAAAAGUGUCUGUACUUGGAAUUCUGCGUGUCACAAGUUUGCGGUAUAAAACCUGUAAUGGGACGCAUUGAAGAUUUCUCAAAGGAAGUCAAAUUAUUGUUUAGAGCGACGAAAGAGCAUGUAUUUCUUGAAGAAUCGGUGAAGUCGUUGAGACAAAUAACAUCGUAUGUGUACCCGGGAUUGUUACAAGACUGAAGGCUGCUUGUGAUGUGAUUUGAAGUUAAUAAAUUUUGUUUUGGAUGUAUGUAUAAUGAUAGUUGAGUUGCAGGGUGAUAGGAGGAGAUGUUAAUAACAUUUUGAUCAUGUACUUUUGGUAUGAUACUAAAUGUGGUGUAAAAGUGCUCCAUGAGAGAUUAUUCUCCUACUAAUUCAAUUGAGAAUCAUCAACAUGAAUAUGUCUCUUUGAGCAAGAAAUUCUUGAUCAAACAUCGUUAUUAACCACCAUUUCAACUUUGCAAUUAGCACAU